AUGAAGGCUUUGAGGACGGUUGCUAUCUUUCAUAUAGAGGCUCCAGGCGAAGUUGACGAAGAUUGGUGGGGAGGAUGGUUCAUUCAGAUGAGGGAGUAUUAUCACACGGAUAGACCGGUUCAUUUCUACACGAAGAUUGUAUAUCCUGAUCUCCCACCCUACGAGAUCAACCUAGAAAACUAUAUGAAUGUUGAUAGGGACGCUCGCAGGAAAAUAGUGGCGAAAUUCCCCGAUGGAUUUGAGGAGGGCUACGAGGUUUCUGAUUCCGAUGACGACGUUCGCGGACCCGACAGGUUUUAUCGAUGGGCAAGUUACUGA